UGUAUUGUUCUUCCAAAUCUACAGAUAGAUGAAAGGGCUACAGAAACCAAAACCCGUAAAUUUGUUCAGGAGGGAAAGCAGUGUGCUGGCAAGGAUUUGAUUGAAUUAAGUGACUUUAAUGGUACACGGAAAUUUUCAGUUUUGGCAGAAGGAGAGACUAAACCUGUUUUUUUAUCACUGAGUCACAACAAGGCCAAAGCAAAUUAUACUGUGACCUGUCACAAUGGCGAGUGUCAAUCAAAGAAGGGACACAAACGAUAUUUAAAUAACUUGAAUUCUUCCAAUCUUUGCAGACAUUUAUUUGUGCUGAAACAUAAUCCAGAAUCCUGGAUUGAUUUGCAUGAAAGAAAUGCCACUAAUGAAACUUUUUUAGAUGACCAACUACUAGAUGAUGAAACAAAUGAUGAUGCUGGUGAUGGUGAUCCUGUUGAUACUAAUGACAAUUUUGAUCCUGAAACAGGUCUAUGGAAGUAUAAGUGUGAGAGCAGCCAUCCAGCAGCAGCUAGAGAGAGUGAUAUGUUGAGGCGUAACAUCAUCAAACGUGACGGAUGGAAUGAUUUGACCUUAAGUAGGCAGGCUGAUGGUUCAUUGAAGGGUCCCAAUUUCUAUCCAGAUAUGCCAGACAAUACAUGCUGCUGUGGAUCUGGAUGGUUGAAGCGAGAUGAUGAUCCAGAUUACUCUGAAAACGGGAAAUUGAUUCCUUUAGGUCGAGUUCUUACAGUUUACACACAGUUUGCGCCUGUGCAGUGUGAUGUUUACAAAAGAGUCUGUUACAACCCGAUAGACGACAGUCGCUGUGAACUUGCAUGGAAUGAAGGCCAGAGUGAAUCAAUUCAUGUUUUUAGUAGUAAAACAGCUGCAGGUGACGAAAUAGGAUGGGAGUUUACAUCAUCAGUAAUGAAAACUGGUUGCACUUUUUCAGCAUACUGUCAGAUGAAGGAUGAACUUUACAGAACUCGUGACCCAAAGGCCAAGUUUAUGGAUGCAACAGUUUUUUUAAAAUGGUGGUUUAGUUGGGCAGCUAAUAUGAACAUUGAUUUCAGACAACCAUGUGACAUUUGUAGGUAUGAGCCUAAUAGACUGUGCUGUGAUGGAACCAGAGUAGGCGUAGGUUUCCGUCAUUCAAAUUUCACAGAAAUAAGUACACCUGAUAGUUCUUUACAGACACAGCAAACAUUGCAUCGACGGAUGGACAGAUGUUACCUUAAGAAUAAGCCUGGAGUUGAAAAGAGACAGAUGAUCGCUUAUCGUGAAGCAUUGGAUAAUAUAGCCCGAACUACAGUUGCAGAAUUUGAACCGUUAGAUAUUCCAGAAAAUAAUGAUAUAAUUAAUUUACUUAUGCAGGCUCUACCUGAGGAGGCUCAUCAAUCAUUCCAGCGAUUUACUCGAGGGAUGUCAGAAUUUGAAAGAGUAGCUUAUGCAUCUGUCCUUAAGAUGUUGGCUACAACAGCAUCUGUGACAAGCAUUUUGUCACCAGAAUAUGCACUUUUCUUGCAGGAAUUUCUAACUAAUGAAAAUCUUUCAGAUUUUGAGUUUAACAGACAGAUGUAUGAGAUGAGAUCAUUUGCUCCAGAAAUACGGGACUUGAUUGCAGAAUCGAUUUUGAACAAUAACAACAUUCUACCUGAUGACAUUAAACUUUUUCUAGUUCAUCUUACUAAUGAGUCUCUAAACUUACCAGUUUAUGCCCCAGAGGAUGCAACUUUUCAAUUCGGAACAUACAACCCUGAGAAGCUGGGCCGGGCUUAUUACUUCAAUGAACAUGGUGUUAAACUGAGGAAUGUACGCAAAUUUCAGAUAGAUGAGGACCGAGCAGGCAGAAACAAUGACCAUGAUGAUGAAGCUAUGGACUUUGAGCGAUGCAGAAAGAUUUACUCAAAAAUACAACAAUCAGCACCCGGCACAUCUAACUUGUUUCUUUGGUUUUGUCCAGAUCACGGUCAUUGCUAUGGAUUCCACAUGACAGUGGCUGAAGGCAGAAAAGAUCCAUCAGCUUCAUUAUACUCUCAUCUAGCCAAACCUCCACAAGCAGUGUUUUAUGACUUUGCCUGUAACUUACAGGAAUAUUGCCUCAACAGAGAGAGUGGGUACUACAAGAAUGUUAGAUUUUUUCACGAUAUUUUUCAUGGUUAUUCACACAAAUGCUCUACUUCUUUUAGAAGCUCUCGACUUCAAGGAUUUGAAAGUGUGAACUCAGAAAUCUGCGAACAGUUCAACAGCUUCAUCCAGAUUCUGAAGAAAUCAGCAAGACAAAUGACACAAUCUCAUUUCUGUUUCUAUCUUCAGUUCUUUAUUCAUGAGUGGAACAGGAGAAAAAGAGUUGCUUACAAGAGGAAAAUCAGCACUGCACUAGCUGGGCUUUUAUGAAAUGUAUAACAACUUUGAUUUUCAGAGAGCUGUGCAUCAGAAAAUGAUCAAAUGAACUAUGUUUAAUUUAUAUUUCAUUCACUUCUUAUAUAUAUUUGUUUGACUUU